AUGGCGACAGGAGGGACGGACAUGGCACUGGCGACGGUGACGGCCAAUUGCCUCUACUCAGGAGUGGUGGAGGAGCUCUCGCUGGGCAUGGGCUUGCUGCGGAAGAAGAAGAACAAGUGGAGCGAGCGGGUGGCUGUCCUCACCACGCACUUUGAUGAUGAUCCGAGGGCUUCCUCUGCAGACUCGCUCUAUCUGCUGUGGUACAAGCCAGAGGCCUACAACUCGCCACCUAUCGGCUACCUCCGCCUCAACCCGGCCUGCAUCGCCGGUCCGGCCUGGUCUGUCACCGGUGAGACCACCGCAUGGGGCCUUGCUCUCCCGGCUGCAUAUCUCAACUUUGCCUCGUCGGUCCUCUCGCCUGCCGCCGCAAAGGCCUCCACAAAGACCAUCCGUAAGACCUCGAUGCUCACCGAAAAGCGCAAGAACUCCGACUCGGCCGGCCUGCUCACGCUCUACUUCCGCUGCUCCGACUCGGCGCAGUGCGCAAAGUGGAUUCGCCUCCUGGCGCUUGCCACCACUCGGACAGAGUCUCUGUCCGACAUCACCGAGCGGCCUGAUGCCAGUCCGGCCGAGCUCGCCGCGGCAAUGGAGCGCUUUGACCGCCCGCGUGUCGUCGCCUCCAUCCGCGCCUUUCUCGAUGCCUCGGCUGAGAACGGGGUUGCCUCGGGUGGAGACUCGGCGUCGAGCUCGCCGUCCAAGGCGGCCUACGACACGUUGCUCAGCCCCGACGGGCCGUCGCAUGACGGCAGCGGCGAAAUUGCCGAUCGCGUCCGGCUGCAGCGGCUCUCGGUCCUGCCAGCCGCCGACAUGGUUGGCUAUGCCUCGUACUUGCAGCUGUCAUCGGACGGCUCGGCGUGGCGCACCUUUUACGCUGUCCUCCGCGGGCAAGUUCUUUACUUUUACGACAAGGAGGGCACCGGCCAGGCAUCACUCUUCUCGGUUCCUACGCUGCAGACUGUGGCCAAGCCUGUGGGUUCCGCCUAUGGUCUGUACGUGUUUGCGCUGGCGCCGGCGGUGGCCACCGGCGCGGUGGCGCGGGUCUUGCUCAAAGCGCCGUCGGCGUGGGAGUACUACUGCUGGCGGGUGACGGUGGCGCAGUCGGCGGCCUUUGAGCCGAUUGUGGUUCCGCAGCUCUCGCACCCCGAGGAUCUUUUCCUCAAGCGGACGGCGCAUUUUGCGUCGGACGCCUUUGUGGCUUCGCAGAGCGGGAAGAAGACGAUCUGGUCACCGCGAUACCUCAUGCUCGCGGGCUUUCGGCUGUAUGUCUUUGAGAGCAAGUCGGCCAUCAAGCCGCUGGCGACCCGGUUAGUGGUGGCCAACGCUGUUAUCGAGACCCGCGGCGACGGCGUUGACGGCGCCGGUGCGGUGGCCGUCCGUCUUGUCCUCGACGGCCUUGAAAAUGACCUGGUGUUCUUUGCCCCCGACACUGAGCUCACCGCAGAGUGGUUCCGCCUCUUGGACGCUGGGUCUAAGGGCCAGCUGCUUUCGCCGACCGAGGCCGCUACGGUCGCCGAACCCGAGCUGGUCAAGGUCUCGCUUGCGGCCGACUCAUCGCACUACAAGCGUAUGUCGACCCGCUUAUCGUUUGCGCCGAUGGGCAUGGCUUCGGGCUCGAUGUCGUCUAUGCCUGACGACCCCGAGUUCUCGCUCUUUGUCUCGGAUCUUAGUGCGGACAUUGGUGGAUUCUCGUUCUCGGUUUCUGCGCCCGGCUUGGCGAGCCCCCCAAUGGCGGUGCCGCAGAGCCCGCACCUUGUUGGCCCACCGCCGGCGAGCCGGUCGGCACUGGACGUGGUUCCUGUGCGGUCACCAUCGCUCAACGCGCCAGUGCCGGCGCACACCGCCACCGCGCGCCAGAUUAUCUCGGGCAAGCGCGACUCGGAGCUCUCGCUCGACAAAGUGUCGAGCUUGCUUAAGGCAUGGUCGCGCCACGAGAAGCGCAAGCGCGGGCUCCCGGUUCCCGAGUCCGACUCGGACUCGUGCGAGUAUGAGUACGAGGACGUCGACCUCUACGAGUACGAGGAAGUUACCGACGACGGCGACGACGACGACUCUGCCGGCUCCGGCUCGACGGUUGAAGGCGACACAGCGCCGCCGCACGUCCGCAGAGCUAACGGUCUCGACGACGACGAUGACGACGACGGGGCGUCGUCGGGCUCGACGGUCGAAGGCGACACAGCGCCGCCUGUGGCCCUCGAUCUGAGCGUGCUCGACGCAAUUGCGGCCGAAAUGGAAAAGGCAACUGGCCAGCCCUCACAGAUUGCGCAGACUGCGAGCCCUGAAGUGGGCUCGGACUCUCGCAGCGUCACGGCACACGGCACGCUCGUCCGCGACACAAGCCCCAGAGUCGUCGCUGCCUACGAUGAGCCGUCGACGGGCGCAGCACCCAAGAGCAGGCAAGGGACCUUCAAGCGGGUGCAUAAGGGCACCAUUCGGCGGCGGGUGCCCAAGGGCCGAGCCCAGGGCGGACCGGUGGCGCGGCAGGGUGUCGACGAGAGCGCGAUCGAUUUUCUCAAGCGUGAAGAGUCGUCGCGUGCUGCGCGGCGUGCUGCGCGUGCCGAGCGGCUGGCCGAGCUGAUGGACUCGGACGAAGCGUAG